GGCUAUUAUGCUUAUUGCCUAUUCCCUCCUUGGCCUUGGGUUUCGGGGGUCGCCUGGUAAUUGCGUUUUAUGUCAAGGGUAAAGCGGUAAUAUCGCUGUUCCAACUGUCAAAAACGAACCGUCCACAAAAUCUCCCGGGAAAUGAAAUCAGGAAAAUGAAGGAAACACCAAAAACAAAAUCAAAAUUGAGAUUCAGAAUCUUCCACUCUUUGCUUUCUUCACGUCUUUGCAUUAAUCCUUCAUAUAUAAAUACCCAUUAAUCAUCAAAUAAACAUUUCCAUUCUUCUUUUUCAAUCUCAAUCUCGCUCUCCUGACACACUGCAGAAGGAAUUUUAGUCAAUUUUAAUAUUUUUGGCUGGAAUUCAAAGGCAUGAGCAGUUUGAGAACAAUCUGUCACCCUCAUGCGCUCUUCUCUUCCUUCUUGUGCCGCAGCGGGAGCCAAACUCGCUUGGUAAUUACGGGUUCCUUUCCCAACCCUAGGUACCAGCCUCGAUUGUUGUGCCCCUCUUUUUCACCUCCUUCGUUUGAUUCUAAAGGGUUGAGUUUAUGGUUUCGAGUGAAUCAGAGGAGGACCAUGAUGAGGGCAUCUAAUUGGACUGAGCAGAAAUCUCCCUACGAGACUCUAGAAUUAGAAAGAAAUGCUGAUGAAGAGCAGAUUAAGGUUGCCUACAGACGCUUGGCCAAGUUCUAUCACCCAGAUGUGUAUGAUGGUAGGGGGACACUUGAGGAAGGUGAGACAGCUGAAGCAAGAUUCAUUAAGAUUCAAGCUGCUUAUGAGUUGCUCAUUGAUGAGGAGAAGCGAAGGCAGUAUGAUCUGGAUAACCGAGUAAACCCAAUGAAGGCAUCACAAGCAUGGAUGGAAUGGCUUAUGAAAAAGCGAAAAGCUUUUGAUCAGCGCGGUGAUAUGGCUAUUGCAGCUUGGGCUGAGCAGCAGCAGCGUGAGUUAAACCUUCGAGUACGCCGCCUGUCACGUACAAAGAUUGAUCCUGAUGAAGAGAGGAGAAUUCUGGCAAAGGAGAAGAAGGCAUCCUUGGAGUACUUCAACAAUACUCUUAAGCGGCACACACUUGUGUUGAAGAAACGGGAUUUGAUGCGUAAAAAGGCAGAAGAAGAAAAGAGAAAGGUCAUUGGUCAGCUUUUAGCUGCAGAAGGGCUUGAGCUUGACACGGAUGAUGAAGAAAUCUAAUAGGAAGUUAUGUAAAGUUUUUGGCUUUCUAUUGGAGGGAUAGCUUACAGUUUUGGGAUGUCUCCCAGUUACGUAGCAUAUUGUUGAAAAAUCCAUGUGUACAUGAUUCUUCCCAAAUUACAAGAGGAAUGAGAAAUGUUCAUAUAGAAUUCAAUGCUGUGUUCAAUU